UCUCUUUUUUAAUUCAAGUGAUAAAGAGAAAAAAAAAUCAUUAGAUAAUACAAUACUAUUUGUAUGACACAACAAUAUACACUAGGUCUCCUUUCUUUAAGCAUUAAGGAUGAAGCUGUUAAAGCUAUUCAUCAAAAUCAACAACUUGAAAUAAUCUUUGAAAAACAAGUAAAAUUAACGGUUGAUACUGUCUCAACUCAUCAGAUAGAGUUACUACAGACUAAAAACUGGAUUAUAAAUGAACAACAGCCAAUUUAUGGACUUAUAUUAGAAGGUUCAAAUGCUAUUGAAGAUUGGUUAACUAUCAUAAACGGCUUAUCAAAAAAAAAAAACUCUCUCUUACAUGGAAGUGCUACUGUGAAUGAUGCUCAACAAGAAAUAGAAUGGUUUAAAAAUUACAUGGUUGCAAGCAAGUCUGAAAAAGUAAAGAAGAAUAUGCAAAAUAAAAAAUAUACCACAAAAAAGGAUACCACCACAAUAACUGAUAAUUCUCAAAAAAAGAAGAAAAGAAUAGAAUUGCGUAGUAGUAACAUAGGACAAAUAGAACCUCGUCACAUGAGCACAACAACAUUAGUAGCAAAAAGAUCUUCAACUCAUCCUAAAAUACCCAACAUAACUUCAACCAGGAACGCCAAUAACUUAUUAGAAAAGAAAUCUAAUACUCGUUCGAACAUAACGAAAAGCUCUUUGAAAGAGAGUAAUAAUAAGAAUAAGAUUGAUAAUAAUAAUAAUACUAGAGUAUCAGAAGAAAGAAACAGAAAAAGAAGAGGAAGAGGUAAUAGCUUUUCGACUUAUUCAUCACAGUCUACUACCAUGACAACUACGGCUGCUCCUUCUAAAAAGUUUUUGACUGCAAAAGGAGGUAUCUCAAAGAAUACAUUACCUGUAUCAAUUCUUACAGGACGUACGAAAAAACCAAAUCGCUUAACAACGGAAAAGAGAUCAGGCAUUAUUCCUAGUAGCGACGAAGAAGAAGAAGAAAAGGACCAAACAGUAAACAGUAAAAAUAGCAUUCAAAUAGCCAAGGAGGAGGACUUGGUCAUUCAAUCCAUUGUAGAUAAAGAGUUAAAAAAACAAUUGAAUCCCUCAAAUGAAGAUAAAGUCGUAGAAGAAACAGACGAGAAAGUGACGAUUUUAAACGAUGUUCAAAAGGAAGAGAAAGAGGAGGCAGAAGAAGAUAUACUAAUAAUAGAUCAAGUACAAAAUCAGCAAACUCAAUUAUAUAGUUUCUCAACUACAACAUGCUCUACUUUAACAACCACCAUCGUAGAUGAACAUGAUGCUGAAGUAGCUGCUACCAUAAGCAAAUCAAUGGCUGCUAAUAUAGAUGAUUUAUUCGCUUUACCUUUAUUAACAUCUACUACACGAACAAGUGGUCGUUCUUCGUCCUCUUUUUCCUCUACUCUACCUCGACCUGAGACACCCGAUAUCGUGGUUGAUCAACUUCGACUCCAUUUUGAAUCAAUGGCUACAUCAUCAGUACCUCAAUCACCUUUACCUAAUAGUAAAAUCAAUAGAAAAUCUGCUAUAUCUCCUGAGUUUGCAGCUCGUAUUAAGGAGAUGAAACCAAGAAAUCCUGUUGGUACUCGUGUUAAGAACAUGGUAGACUUUUUUAUGGAUGAAAAUUUGCAUAAAUGGGAAUUCUAAUACGUUUUAUACUAUAAAUUUCACUUUCUAAACAUCAUUAUACAUAACAAACAUAUUAUAUAGCAUAUACCU